AUGGAGACUGUGAUUGGACUGCGCGGACCGACGUUUGCGUUGGUGGCGUGUGACCGCUACGCGAACUCGAGCAUCUUGCGGAUGAAGGACGACGAAGACAAAGUUUUACUGGUUGACGACAACAAAAUCAUGGGCCUCGCAGGCCAGAUUGGCGACCGGCUGCAGUUCGGCGACUACAUCCAGAAAAACGUACAUCUGUAUCGCUUUCGAAACAACAAAAGACUGAGCUGCGCGGCGACCGCGAGCUUUACCAGACAGCAACUCGCUUACUACCUGCGCAGGAGCCCCUACCACGUCGAUGUCAUGCUCGCCGGCUACGAUGAGACUGGCCCCCACCUCUACUGGAUGGACUACCUCGCCUCGAUGGCGUCCGUGAACAAGGGGGCGCAUGGCUACGCGGCCUACUUCCUCGGCGGUCUUUUGGAUCGCUACUACCACCCUGACCUGACAGAAGAGGAGGCUUUGAAAAUCCUCGAAAUGUGCAAGAAGGAGCUGAUGACGCGUUUUAUCGUGUCCCAGGCGUCCUUCCGAGUCAAAAUUGCGACGAAAGACGGCAUUCGCACGCUCGACAUUUGA